AUGACUUGCAUGUUCCAAAUCUGUUAUGGUGAUUGGGUCUCUGAAUGGAUGACACCAAUUCGUGAUCAAUAUUCCAGUAAAGGCACAUCUGGAAGACAGUACAACAAAAUGGACACGAAAAUAUUAGAUAGCGAAAGAGCAAAGAUUCCAAUGGGCAAGGAAAUGUUUGAAGUGCCAAAGAACAAUCUCUUAAUUCUUUCAUCGCCCAACACUACGCCAAGUCAAUACUCAAGCCUUAAAGUUAAGUUGGAAACUGUUCUGCAUAACGCAAAAGAGUUAGCAGUCAGCCUAAAAUCGCAGAUUACGGUUGUAGAAGAAAGAGAGAGAGCACUCAAAGAAGCCAUUGUUGAAGGAAGGUAUGGGGUGACCACGUUAACUGUGUCGACACUCAGAAGGUUGCCGCGAAAAUACAUAAUACGCGACGGUUUCUGGACGCUUUGCAAUGGAAUCGUGCAGCACCCUCCGUCGUCACAAGACGCCAACGCAGCAGUUUUUGGCGAUCUCUACUCGGUCCCCAGGUGCGUCGGGCAAGAAGUGGCUUCUAAGCCGGACCAGUGCGUGUUCAAUUCAGUCAUUAAAUACGACACCGUGCCAACGACGAGGGAUCUUGAAUAUUCGGAAGGGGAAUAUUUAUGCCUGAAACCGGGCUUCAACAAUACAUUAGAGCAAUACUACAGUGUAACAAAGAAACUCGUCGAUCGAACGUGUAAAAACGGUGUGAUAAAGAGCCUCGACGAUAACAUCUCGGAAUGCGGUCUCCGGGUUUUAUCCGAGUAUACGUUUUACCCCAACAAAAACGCCGGCGCCUCAUACCUGCCGCUAGAGUACUGCGAAGAAAAGCAAGGUGCAUGCAAACUAAUCGUCGCUUGGCAAAUUUCGAACUCGACUAUUGAGAAUUUCGAGUAUAUUAAAGACGAUCCGAACUUCAAGAGCUACUUCAUAAAGUCGGGAUCAUUUGUGAACACCGUUAUCUAU